AUGCGGAUUCAUGGAGGUGGAAACAGCGCCAGGGCAUUAACUUUAUACAAAAAUUGUGUCCAGAAUGUGAUUGAUGGGUGUAGAAGAGCGAGCAGUCUUCUUUCUUGCACCAGAGUUGAGAAGGGAUGGGGCGAACAGGGUGAUGUGGUCGUUGCUGAAAGAUCAAAAAACAAAUUCUUAGCCAAUCCAUACAGUCAAGGGAAGUGA